AAGUUGGGGGUUGGUGGAAGGCAAGUCCGUAUGAGUAAAAAGAAUGGAGACGAGGUCCGUAAAAGUAGAGUAGACACAAGUGAGUGGUCUGAGUUUGGCGGAUUGAUUUGAGACACAAGUGAAAUCCCCGAUGUGUUCAGAGCUAGACAAGCAAAUAGAGCAGCUCAAGAAAUGCGAGGCCUUGAAAGAGUCUCAAGUGAAGUCUCUUUGUCUCAAAGCCAUGGAGAUUCUCGUUGAGGAAAGCAAUGUUCAACGUGUCGAUGCCCCCGUCACUAUAUGUGGCGACAUCCAUGGCCAGUUUUAUGACCUCAAAGAGCUUUUUAAAGUGGGGGGUGAUUGUCCAAAAACCAAUUACUUGUUUCUUGGAGAUUUUGUUGACAGAGGAUUUUAUUCAGUGGAAACAUUUUUACUUCUACUUGCCCUUAAGGUCAGGUAUCCAGAUCGAAUAACACUCAUUAGGGGAAAUCAUGAAAGCCGACAGAUCACUCAGGUGUAUGGAUUCUAUGAUGAGUGUCUACGGAAGUAUGGCUCAGUCAAUGUUUGGAGAUAUUGCACAGAUAUAUUCGACUACUUAAGUUUGUCUGCUCUGAUUGAAAACAAGAUUUUUUCUGUUCAUGGCGGUCUAUCUCCUACAAUUUCAACAUUAGAUCAGAUACGGACAAUUGAUAGAAAGCAAGAAGUGCCCCAUGAUGGUGGUAUGUGUGACUUACUAUGGUCGGAUCCAGAAGAUAUCGUAGAUGGAUGGGGCUUGAGUCCCCGUGGUGCAGGUUUCCUCUUUGGUGGCAGUGUAGUUGCUCCUUUUAAUCAUACUAAUAACAUUGAUUAUAUAUGCCGGGCCCAUCAAUUAGUAAUGGAAGGUUAUAAAUGGAUGUUCAAUAACCAAAUAGUUACGGUCUGGUCAGCUCCCAAUUACUGUUACAGAUGUGGCAAUGUAGCAGCAAUUCUUGAACUGGAUGAGAAUCUUAACAAACAGUUCCGUGUGUUUGAAGCAGCUCCGCAGGAAUCAAGAGGGCCUCCUGCCAGAAAGCCGCCACCAGAUUAUUUUCUAUGAUUGGAUUCAUGAAGUUUGUACCUUCACAUACCUAUGUGUUUGAAGUACUGAAUUGAGAGACUGGUGGACUUGUUACCCUCUGAGCAGUUGAUAGAUUUGUGGAGUAGUUUUUCUUUCUUUCUUUCUUUUUUUUUUUUUUGUAUUUUCAAAUUUCCAAGUUAGUGUGUUUGUUGUAAUUUAUGCGUGCCUGUGGAUGUUACUGACAAAGCAAAUGUUUAUGUGGGUUGAUGAAUUCUGAGAGAGAGAUCAUACAAGAAGAAAACUUGAGUGAGAAAAGUAAGCAAACAUUGCUUUUUAUACAAACAACGAUUACAUUUCAA